CCUUCGGGUCACGCUGGGGGAGUUCAGUUGGGCUUUUUUGGUUGUUGUGCCAGAGAUUUGGUGAGGCUCUGCCGGGAUGGGACAACCCAGAGACAGCCAGGGGGGGUCCUGCCUUCACCACAGACCUGGUGUAAGUCCCAGAGUAAAUAGGUAGAGGGGAGGAGAUGCAAAGCCCAGAUAUAUUCAUUUAUUGAAGAUAUAAUCUUAAUUUAUUGAAGAUCUCCUGUGUGUGCCCAUGGGAUGCUCUGAGCAUCUGAGAGCAGGGAGAUGGCUGAAGCUAAAACACCCUGCCUUGGAGUUACAAGCUGUGUUUUCUGCUGUCAUUGAGUGAGCAGCUGAAUUUAAGGAUUAACCCCAACUCCAGUGGUUCUCAGCCUCUGCAAAUCCAGCAGCACCUGGGAUGGGACUGGUCUGUAAGGGGCCCUUGAGGCCACGGAGCCCCAUCCCCCCUGCACAGGGAUAACUGACCCAAUUCCCACACUUUCCUUGGCUUUGUCUCUCUCUGUUUGUCCCAUGAGUUUUACCAAGUGGUCUGCUCCUCACAAGUGGUACCACACUGGUUUCCCAUGGGCCAAUUUCUAUUUGGCGACAAGAACCAGGGAGGAAGAGAACGGGGUUAUCACAGCACAGGGACACGGCUGUGCAUCCCUGGGGGCCAUGUGCUGAUGGUUUGGGGAGAUAAUUCACAACUUUGGUGCUGGAAACAUCUCUCAGGGAUAUCAGAGUGCGCCAGGAAGGCACAAGGAGGGUGGGGGAUUAGGCUGACACACAGCACUGCUGCUCCGGGUUAUUUUCCCUUCUUAACUAGGAUAAAUAUUAACAAAGGAGGACAAGAGCUUUUGCAAAGGAUUAAAAGGCAAAAUCAGAGUAUUUCACAUGGCAUUAAACCAGAGCAUUUAUUUUUUUCCCUUCCCUUCUUGGAAUUUAGUUAGCACACCAAGGGGGAAUAUUGCUCUGACGGAGAAAGAGAUAAAUCCCAAAUAUCUAUCAGGAAAAUACUUCAAGGCAGAGAAGGCCUUCUGCCAUUUGUUAAAAGAACAAAAAAAAACCAAUCCCAUACAACAUUCAGUUUCUGGUUUUAGCAUUUCUAUUUUCAGUUCAUACCUUGUAAAUUCUGCUUCCUGCCAAGGCAGGCCAGAGAACAAAGCAGGCACUGGGAGAAGCCAGGCCACCCUGGGCCAGCUGUCCCCUCCCCACAGAGCCCCUUUGGGGGGACAGAGCCACCCUCACCCUGCCUUCACUCUCAUAGGAAACUGAAUUUCCAUUUGAUGUUUCCCCCAUGCAUGUUCUGCUUUUAUUUUAGGCUGUGGAGGAGAAGAAGGGAAAACACAAGAGAGGUGCCAGGCACAGCCCAGCCCAGCUCCCCAGGAGGCCGUGGGGCCAUAUCAGCUGUUGAGCUCUUGUGCUGAGAGAAGAGGCUGAAAUGCCUCCCAAAAGGUGACAGACACACAGCUCUGGUGAGGAAUUGUCCGCUGGGCACAACGAUGCUUUUCCUGGUAUGGAUCCCCCCUGCCCGCCCUGCAGGUGACCCCAUCGAGCUCUGACCGAUAAGCAGGGCACUGGACUUAACUCCCCCCGUGCCAGAACUCCCCGUGAUGAGCCGGUGACCGCAGCCUCCCCCGCAGGUUCCAGGGCUGGACUGCUCCCUUCGGAUACUGAGCCCCCCCUGGCUGCAGGACAGGCGGGAUGGACGCGUUAUGAUGCCGGGGCUGAGCACGGAGCCGGAGCACAACCAUGAGCAACUCCAGCUCCAACUGCAGUGAGACAGACCUCAAGCCCUACUACGCCGUCACCUACACGGUGAUCCUGAUCCCCGGGCUCAUCGGGAACACCCUGGCCUUGUGGGUCUUCUAUGGCUACAUGAAAGAGACUAAAAGGGCCGUGAUAUUUAUGAUCAAUUUAGCCAUUGCUGACUUAUCACAAGUGCUGUCCUUGCCCCUGAGGAUUUUUUACUACCUGACGGGCACGUGGGAGUUCGGAGGAGGUCUCUGCAUGCUCUGCUUCUACCUGAAGUACGUCAAUAUGUAUGCCAGCAUCUACUUCUUGGUGUGCAUCAGCGUGAGGAGGUACCUGUUCCUCAUGCACCCCUUCAAAUUCAGUGACUGCAGGCGUGUCUGUGAUGUCUACAUCAGCAUCGUGGGCUGGGUUGUGGUCUGCGUGGGCUGCCUGCCUUUCCCACUCCUCAGGAUGCAGCACCAGGAAGAUAAAAACACCUGUUUUGUGGAUCUUCCCAUCAAGAAACUCGACCUCCCCACCUCCAUCACGCUGAUGACCAUAGGGGAGUUGGUGGGGUUCGUGACCCCCCUGCUCAUCAUCCUGUACUGCUCCUGGAAGACAAUCUUGUCACUAAAAGAGAGGCACUCUGCUUCCCGGGACCUGGGUGAGAAGAAGAAGGCUUUAAAGAUGAUCCUCACCUGUGCCCUGGUGUUCCUGAUUUGCUUUGCACCUUACCACAUCAGCUUCCCACUGGAUUUCUUUGUGAAAACGGGGCAGAUCCAGGAGGGCUGCGUGCAGAUCUCGGUGUUCCACGCCGUGGCUUUGUGCCUCGCCAGCCUCAACUCCUGCGUGGAUCCCAUCAUCUACUACUUCACCACGGACGAGUUCAGGAGACGCCUGUCCAGGCAGGAUCUGCACUACAGCAUCCAGCUCCAGCACCUCAGCUACGGCAGGAAGCACUCCAGGGAUGUGCUUGGGGAGGACACCACGGAAUACUGAUUCACAAAUAGUAUUCCCAAUAUUCAUUACAUUGAAUAGCACUCCCAAUAUUCAUUACAUUUUGGCCUUUGCCAUAAUUUUUUCCCUCAGGACACUGAGAACGACAACUCAAACUUCUGCUUUCAGUGAGGGUUGGAAUAAACAAACAACCCCCUACUUAAAAAUACCCAAACCUGACCAAAAAUGUUUUGAUUUAAUACUUCAGGUGCAAAUUUUCACUGAAUAGAAAGAGGAGCAUUUCCAUUCCUCAGCUGGGCAGCAGGAGGUCAUGGACCCAUGGGAGAGGUGACCCAUGCCCCUCUGUCACCCAUGGCAUCACCCAGCCACAGCCUGGUCAGCAAGAAACAGCAAAGAUUCUGGGGUCUUGCUGUGCAGAAAGAAUUUGAUCCUAGAAAUCACUGGAUGCCACAGUAUCCUCUGUUUCUCAAGCACAAGACAAUUCAGCAGAGACUGAUUCUCCAGAGAGUGCCCAGAGCCUUCUCCAGCCACGCUGAGCAUGGAGUGAAGCAGCAGAAGGUGGCCCCAAAGGACUUCCCAUUUAAAUAAUUAAUGAAGCCUCAUUUGGGGGAGUAGCAAAUGCCAUCUCCCCAAAUCACACACCCAGGAAAGCUUCCACACACUAUUUUCUGCCAUCAGUUCCCAUUUUUGGGUGCAAAAACAAGGGCUAGAGCCAUGCCUUGGGUUUUGAACUAAGGGGUUGUGCUUGGAGGGUAUUUAUUCAAGGCUGGUGUCCAUCAAGCCUUUCAGGUCCUCUUUUCACCAAAAAUGGGGCAAAUUAUUUCCCUUUCACUGAUAACUGACCCACAGCCAUCACAUCCACUCCCCAUUAACAGCAGCAGGAUUCAAACAGAGGAUCCAAACCUUUCCAAAGUUUGCUGUAAUGGGAACUCCCUGGAAUCAAAGUCAAACGUGCCACGAGAGAUUUUUAAUAAAGGCUCAAAAGUGGAUGUUGUUUUAAUAUUUGCUUUAAAUUCAAACCAAAGAGUUCAGGAUUGACUUUGGUAUUUCAUUUGCACCUUCUUGUAAAAUGUUAUUUUUCUGUGACAGUAUCAUUUUUUAUUUAUGCAAAUGUUGUUUUAUAAUUUAUACAAGGGAAAUAGACAUUGUAGGAAAAUGAUGUGAAGCCCAGAGACUGCCAGAACACAAUAAGUUUGUUUUCUUUUCUAAAGCUUUUUCAUAUAAUGAAAGAAAACUCCACCACUCUUCCCUACAGGAAUCUGAGCCAGUGCCUGAUAGCUGAGCAAGCACUGAUAAUUCAUGGAAACCACAUUCACAGUGACAAAAGAAAAUAUUUAUUUUUAUAUUUCCUGUUGUAUAUAAUAAAAUAAUCAUUUCUAAAAAUGUU